AUGGGGUCCAAGUCUUUGUUGAUGUCAUCCUCCAUCUUAAACUUAAGCUCAUGCUUCGACCAGUGGCAGUGGGUCAAGAGUGAGCUGUUGAUCUACAAUAGGACCACCAUCUCCAGAUAUGAAUCUCCUGAAUACAGAUGUGGCUCAUAUGUUCAUGAGGCCCCUGGAAGUGUGAGACACCAGAAAAGAACAUCAAGCAGUUGA